AUGUCUACCACCAAUGCCUGGGUCUCCAAAUAUCAAGAGUACAGCCAUGCCGACCUCCUUCGCCGUGUGACAGACCUGGAGGCUCAGCUCCGAAGUCUUAAUAGUAACGGCCUACGCCAAGCUUCUUCCUCGCCCAAACCAAAGAAACUCAAGAAAGCACCCAAACCCUUUGACCCAUCCCGCUAUCACACAAGACUGAUAGCCCUCAAAUUCGCCUACCUAGGUGGGAAUUACAAUGGCUUCGAACACCAUGCGAAUAACACCACCCCUCUACCUACCGUCGAAGAGGAGCUAUGGCGGGCAUUAAGGAAGACCAAGUUGAUCUUCCCGGAAUUUGCUGGGAAGAGCGAGGACGAGGUCUGCUGGGAUGGGUGUGAGUACAGCAAGUGUGGACGAACGGAUAGAGGUGUGAGUGCUUUUGGCCAGGUCAUUGGGAUUAAGGUUCGGAGUGCGAGGCCCAAGACUGCACCUAAGCCUGCGGAUGCGAAUGGCGUUGAUGGGACGAGUGAUGAGGCAAUGGGAGCAGAGGAUUAUGGAGUUGAGGAUGGCGUGGCCAAUAGGACGGUCGAGGAGAGGCAAUCGCCACAAUGGGACUCAAUCCGUGACGAAUUGUCCUACAUACAGACUCUCAACCGCGUUCUACCCCGGGACAUCAGGAUCCUAGCCUGGUGUCCCCAUCCGCCCCCUGACUUCUCUGCACGCUUCAGCUGUAAGGAGAGACGGUACAGGUACUUUUUUACUAAUCCUUCUUUCGCCACUUCGCCAGCCCUGGCCUCUACCGGCCGAGCAGCAGCAGGGGCAGGAGGAGGAUGGCUGGACGUAGAAGCCAUGCAAUUCGCAGCAAAGAAAUUGGAAGGUCUGCACGAUUUCCGAAACAUGUGUAAAGUGGAUCCGAGUAAACAGCUUUCCAGCUUUGAGCGACGAAUCUUUCAUGCAGGUAUCCAUACUGUGGACUCUCCUACUGUGGCCCACAUCCCGAACAACAACGGCUCGAAUCAGCUGAGCAAGCCAGAACUCUACUAUUUCGAAGUUCGCGGCUCGGCCUUCCUCUGGCACCAAGUCCGCCACAUGGUCGGGAUUCUGUUUCUUGUUGGGCAGGGUUAUGAGAAUCCUGAUGUUGUUGACCGGCUACUGGAUAUCGAGAAGUCUCCUGGUAAGCCGGUCUACGAUAUGGCAGACGACCAGCCGCUGGUACUAUGGGAUUGCAUCUUCCCGGAUCCCGCUUCGGUGCCUGCUUGGGACGGGAAGGUUGAUGACACGAUUGCGAGCAACGGGUAUGACGAUGCGAUAGAGUGGGUGUAUGUAGGCGAUGAGGUUGGUGGGCGGGAGACAAACAAGCGGGUCGUUCUUGGCAUCGACGAUGGACUUUUCGGCCGCAAUGGUGUGAUGGACGAUUUGUGGUCGUUGUGGCGGAAGCGGAAGAUGGACGAGGUGCUCGCUGGUAGUCUUAUGGACAUUGCUGCCUCGCUCGGUCAGCGGAUGUCCACUUCGAAGCUGAUCCCAAAUCGUCACCUUGUCGAGGACGCGGAUCGUAGUGAUCGUAUAUUCGAUGGCAGUGAUCGGCCACGUACAGUGGGUAAGUAUGUCCCUUUGAUGAAGAGGGAGAAGCUUGAGACGCCGGUUGUGGUGAAUGCGAGGUAUGCCGUUCGUAAGGGCCUUGCUCCGCGAGAGGGUCACGUCAAUGGCGGAGCGGACGUGGAUGACUGA